GAACGCAGAAUACGCUACUGGUAAUUUACCAGACUCAAAAUGCUCACAUUACGUUCGAGGUCAAGUUAACCCGGGGACCUAAUGUUUUUUCCUCUUCAGUUAAAAUUCUAAUUGCGCGCUCUCGAAUACUGUGACGACUAAACCACGGUCUCGCCGACAACUUGCGAAACUAUGUGUCGCAAAUGAUCGGAAGUCCACUCACAGUAAUUUUGCAGUAAUUCACACAUUUGUACCAUUGAAGGGGUGUGCCUCCAAAAAAGUCUAAAGCCUACUGGUGUUUAUCGAAAUGCUUAUGAAUAGUAAUCAAAACUUAAUCAUAACAACAACAGAAGUUGCAUCAUUUUCAUUCUAAGUUUCAAUUAAUCACAAAGCGAUUUUUUUGCGUUUAAUUAAAUAUGGCAACGACUUCAAUAGGAACAAAUAUCGACGAACGGGACUCAGUACUUAAAAAUUCGUCCACGUUUCAGACGUUUAAGAAGAGAGCUGGUACCACUGACGUCGGCAAAGACUACGAACAUCUGUACAUAGCCAACUUAGUUUUAAAAUUAGUAACUGACGAUGACGUGGCAGACUUUAAUUUGUCAUCGAACGAUAGUGAAUAUGGCUCUUUCGAUGACGUCGUAGUUGACAUUAAAUUUGAAGACCGGAGAGAAACGGUCGCUCUGCAGUUGAAACACAUUAGCAAAGCACCAAGAAUAAAAAUUGAGCAGUUAAACGCACCAAGUGGAAACUUCAGCAUCGAGAAAUAUUACGAAAAAUUCAAGAAUGAGCCGAAGUUAUCUGAACGACGUACGAAGAUGGUUUUGUUUACAAAUUCGAAGCUAAACGAUGAGCACGUAGAUCGACUAAAAUUUGGAAAAUUGGUGCAAUGUGAACAAGAAAGCUUGCUAAGUGUUUUAAAGUCGAGAGGGCAGUGCUGUAAAUUGGAACCAAAUGAAAAUAGUUUAGAGAAAUAUGGGCAUUUUUUUGAAAAUUUGUAUCUCUACAGUGACCAACCAGAUGUGAAAGAACUUGAAACGUGUACACUCGAGACAUUUAAAAAAAAAUUCAGUGGUAACGAAACCACUUUUCGUGAGUAUGUAUAUUUUAUAAAUCAAUGGAGUACUAAGGAAGGAAAAAAAUUCGCUUUAAAUAAAUCAAGUAUGAAGUGCGUGAUAGCCCUUUGUGCAUUCUCGCCUUUUAUCAGACCAUUACACUUUGUUCCCGGUGGAUCACUUGACGUCAAAAGAAACACUUUCAGAGAAGCUAUUUCGAAAUGUAACUUCACAGUUAUAGACAAAAAUAAUUUCGAAAAAAUCGACUGUCUUUGGUCAAAUGCUGUUGAUGAUAUAGAUGAUGGGGAAGAAAUGAUCAAAGUCAAUAACAUGUACCAACUUGUAGAAGGCGGAAUAGAAAAAAAGGAAAGUCUCUACAAUAAGGAUGAAACGAAAGUAUCGAAGCUCCUGUGGUUACUAGGAAAAAGUCCGUUAGUCGUUGAAGGAUGUCCACAAGUUUAUGAAACAAUAAAAAUAUGCCAAGUUCAAAAUCUAAUUGUGCUAGAUAAUCGAGAAACGUAUAGUCACAUUGUUAGAAAGAAAUCAUAUCAUGAUGAUACAAACAUUCAACUAUUUCAAAAGUUGUCAGACUUAAAAAAGCAUUCCGACUUGUAUACAAAAAUUUUGACGAAUUUUACAUAUUCGUUGGAAGGUCAAAAAGAUGUUAGUUUGAAAAAUUUGCUAGAAGUUUGCGAAGACAGCGACAACUUCAUUACUACAGAUGAUUUGGUCGAAAUGUUGGAAGCUCCACUAGCAAUUGGAAAGCACAAAGAUGCUUUGCCACCCAGUCAUAUCGAAAGAAAGUUGACCAAAAUUUUAAUAGAUGUUAAAUUUUUGAAAAAUAUUGCUGACGACACUGUUGUUUUAGUCGAUUGCGUAACAGAUCUCCAAUCUUUCAAGCGAUUUUUGCCAAAUUUAGUAAUCAGCGAAGUCAACGAUAUUAGUCUCAUUCGGAACACAAUUCACGAACAGAAGAUUUAUAUUUGUGGAAAUGAUGUUUUGCAAGAGAAGUUUUCUGCACUGUGUAAUGAAAAUUCAGAAAAUCGGUUUCAUCACUUCCGGUAUUUGGACAAUCAUCGUUUGGAGUGGAUAGAAAGUGGGAAUUGUGGCCCGGAAAGAGGAUAUAUCGUCGAACUAGAGAAAUUUCGUCUGCAAAGCGAAUUUAUGGAAUAUACUAUACGCGAGCACCAAUUCUUCAGACAUUCUCGACAAAAUAUCAACAUUAUUUGUGCUGAUCCUGGAAUGGGAAAAAGUACAUUAAUGAAGAGCUUAAAAAGUAGAAGUUCUUCGUCAAAAUGGAUCAUUUUGAUAUACGCCAGAAAUCACGCUUUACAUUUCAGGAAACAUGGAUCAAACGUGGAGAAUUUUUUAAAAUACAUUCUAGAAGAAACUGUUAAGGAAUGCACUAACCCGUUCCACCAGAAAGUGUUCAAAACCAUGCUGGAACAAAAUCAAAUACAACUAGUAUGGGAUGGACUGGAUGAAGCAUCUGACACCACUCAAAUUUCCAUUUUAACCUUAGUGACUACGUUUUCGGAAAAAGGAGUGAAGCAAUGGUUGACUUCUCGAAACAAUUUAAAAGAAAUGUUAGAAAAUAAGUUAGGUAUGUUUGCGCGAAAUAUAAAACAGUUUAGUGAGGACGAACAACAAGAAUACAUUAAAAACCGUUUACGGAUGACUGAAGAUGAGUUAAGUGAAACUUUUAACAAAAUAAGAAAAAAUAUAAUGUCUUUUCCAAAUUACGAAAUUUUGGGCAUUCCUCUACAAAUUUAUAUGCUUACAGAAUUAUUUUUAAAUGACAGAGACAAAUAUCUACCUUUGUUAGACGGUAUAUUCACUGUUCUAGAUCUCUAUGAACACUUCGUUCAAGAAAAAUUUCAUGUUCUAUACAACGACAAAAAAGAAAUUACAUUAAGGAACGAACAAAAUAACCAGCAUUUUGAAAACGAAAAGAACACAAGAAUGAACCAUUAUAAAAGUUUAGCUGCAAGUUAUUACAUUUAUAACUCUUUAAUUGACAAAAUUAUAAACAAAUUAUUCGGUUACGGCAAAACGAAUGACAGUUUUCUAGAAAAAAUAAAAAACGAAGGAGAUGAUGUAGGACUUAUAUGCCGCGUUAUAUCUAAAUAUGAUGUAGAAUUCGUUCACAAUUCGUACGGCGAAUAUUUUGCAGCCUUGUAUCUAUUUGAACACGAAACUUCUAAAGCACGUGAUCAAAAAUUUAUUUCUGACAGUCGAUUUAACAACAUUCGAUUUUUUUUAGAUUUAAUGUUAUCUCGAAAUUCUAAAUGUUUAGUAGGUGUUAUAUAUAAGAACAUUACAAUUGUAGAAGCAUUUACCGAUGCAGAUUUACUUGAAAGAGAUAUGAUUGGUCGUGACAUUUGGGAAGUGGCGUGUGCGUGGAGUAAAAAGUACCCAAUUGUUGAAAACACUGUUCUUGUGGAUUACAAGAAUUUCGAUAGAGAAUGGAUAAUCAAUAAUAACAAACAAGCUAUCCGAGAUUUAAAUUAUCGUAAUGUAGUUCAAAAAUUUUACAAAUUCCGCACUUCAGGCAAUAUCUGUUACAGAAAAUUGAUGAUUUUCUUACCAUUUUUAGUCCCAUUGUACGACGGGAAUCAGUUUGGUGCGGAAUACUCGGCGGCAAUUUUAUAUUACGCAAUUAGGUUUGACGUCCCAAUCAUUUUUGAAUGUAUCGAAAAUUCUCUUCCUUUAAGACAGGCAUACGAUACUAUUAGCCCAAGAAGUAUUUUAGCUCUAGCUUUUUUCAAUAGAUCAGCGCGAAUAUUAAAAAAACUGCUUUCCGAAGAACGAUUCAGUUCUGAAUGGGACUGUGUAGAAGAACUUUUAAUUUUGAACUCGGAAAUUGACGAAAUAUUCACUUUUGCGUUACAUUUACCGGAAUUUAGAGUCGAUGUGCGAAAUUUUAGAGGUCAGUCACUGGGGCAUUUCGCAUGCGAAAAAAAUCUAAUCAAGACUUUACGUUCGCUAAUUAUUAUCAAAGAAACGAACUUGAAUGUACGGGAUAGAAGUGGAAGACGUCCGGUAGACAUUGCAUAUGAAAACGGAAAUCUAGACGUGUUAAAACUAAUAGCGAAAAUCAAUAUUUUGGAUGAAAACGGUUGCCUUGUGAUGCACUCUGUUUGUGAAGAUGGAGAUCUAAUGUUGGUAGAAAUAUUGGUAGCGAAUGGUGCGGAAUUGAAUCUUCCGGAUGAAAAUGGUCGGCUGCCCAUUCACUACGUGACCAAGAAUUGUGAUUAUGGACUUAAUAUAAUACCGUUUUUGCGAAGAAAUGGUGCGAGAUUGGAUGUUCCAGAUGGAAAAGGUCGGCUACCGAUACAUGAUGCUUGUGAAUAUGGACUUCUAAGUAUGGUCGAAUUAUUGGUAUCGGAUGGUGCCAAAGUAGACGUUCCGGAUAAAAAUGGCAGGCUGCCGAUUCAUUACGCCUGUGAACAUGGAGAAUUAGAAGUAGUGGAAUUCUUGGUGAUGAAUGGUGCUCAAGUGGACGUUCCAGAUGGAGAUGGCCGGCUACCGAUGCAUUACGCUUGCAAAAAUUACAACCACGCAUAUGUUAUUGUGCAAUUUUUGCGAAUAAAAGAUGCCAAAGUAGAUGCUCCAGAUGUAGAUGGCCGACAACCAAUACAUUACGCUUGCGAACACGGAGAUGAAGACGUAGUAGAACUGCUGGUAGAGAGUGGUGUAAAAGUGGACGUUCCAGAUGGAGAUGGACAACUGCCGAUACAUUACGCUUGCAAAAACGUUCACAACAAAUAUUACGUAAUACUAUUUUUGCUACAGAAAGGUGCAAAAGUGGACCUUCCAGAUGGAUGGCAGGCUACCGAUAUAAUGCGCUUGUGAAUAUAAAUGGUUAAAAAUAGUAAAAGUAUUGCAAAAAUAAAUAUUUCGAAGUGAAAAUAUUGAUGGAACCAUGAAACAAUACAUCUCGAAUUUAUAAAAUAUGUCUUUUUAAAUUGCUGAAGUGUUGAAUUUUUUCUAAAGUAGUUUCCAAGAUAUGUCACCCGUGACACAUAAGUGUUAUUAAUUUGUAGGUUCUAAAUCUAAAAAUCUGCAGAGGAAUGACUAGAUAUUUCAAGGAUUCAUAUUUUGUACAAUCUAUCCAUUUUCACCUGUGUAAAAUGUAUAUAGGUUACUUUUAAUUCAAAUUUUGUAAAUAUAGAAUUACGGGAUUGAAA